AUGGGCCGCGGAAGCUCUGGUGCUCCGGCAUUAGUCUCUUGCGCGAUCAUAAUGUUCCUCUCCACGUCUGCGAUGGCUUCUCUUCCAUCUAAGUCUUCGGCUUUGAAAGUGGGGUUCUACAAAUCGACGUGUCCACAAGCGGAGGUGAUUGUGAGGAAUGCUGUGAAUAAGGCUGUCUCUCGCAACCCCGGCAUCGGUGCCGGUCUCAUUAGGUUGCUGUUCCAUGAUUGUUUUGUCAGGGGCUGUGAUGCUUCUGUGCUCUUAAAUUCCAGCCCCGGAAAUAAGGCGGAACGAGAACAUUUUGCAAGCCAUACCUUACGAGGAUUUGAGGUAAUUGAUGAAGCGAAAGCCCGAUUGGAAGCCUCAUGCCCCAAGACGGUAUCAUGUGCGGACAUCCUCGCCUUUGCUGCUCGCGACAGCGCAUACCAGCUAGGAGGAAUUAGCUACGCGGUUCCUGCCGGCCGCCGCGACGGCCUUGUCUCACUCCAAGACGACAUCUUACAGAACCUGCCGCCCCCUUUCUUCAACGCGAAGCAGUUGGUGGACCUUUUCGCUAGCAAAGGGCUGUCUGUGGACGAGAUGGUGACGCUCUCCGGAGCACACUCGAUUGGCGUCUCGCAUUGCUCCGUCUUCUCGGAGCGCCUCUACGCUGUUGACAACGUAACCGAUGCCCAUGAUCCGCCGUUGGAUGCCAAGUACAGGGCUUUCCUCCGUACCAUUUGCCCGAGGCCACAGAGCGGAAACACAGCCAGCGAUCCGCUGGUGGCAUUGGACUCGACGCCAACCCGUUUGGACAACAAGUAUUAUCAGGAUCUGCAGAAUCACCGUGGGAUAUUGAUUUCGGACCAAACCUUGUUCUCAAGCUCUGCAACGGCCGACAUGGUCACUGACAAUGCUCGCGACAAUAAAGCCUGGAGUCUCAAGUUCGCAAAGGCCAUGGUGCGCAUGGGCUCCAUUGAGGUCCUCACAGGCUCACAAGGUGAGGUCAGAAGACGGUGCAGCUCUGUGAAUUAAAGCUGCAUUUGCGCACAUGAAGUUCUUUCAUGUAGAAUGUUUCAUAUCAAUUUGUUCAGUUUCUGAUUCCAAGUGAGUUCAUUCUUUAGUAUUGUGAGAUUUGCUGAUAUUAAGGUCAUAUAAAAUUUGUUGCUAUUUAUGUUUGGGAGUUUUGCUUCUCUCAAAUUUCGGAGGCAAAAUUCCCAUAGAAGGACACAUGACUCAUGAGCAUACUAGGGAUCGUUUCUCUUCUUUUUUUCUUUUUCCUUUUCCUUUUUCAUCUUCUUCCCUCAACCCCAACUACAGAAGCUCAGCGCCGCGCCAACCACCUGUCUCCAACAUAAAUCCUUGCCAACGCGGUCCGUUGCCACUGCCGCCACCAUGG